GACAUUUUUAAGCGUUACUGACGUUACGUUUGUUUGUGUUUUGAAACUGAUUUUCAUUACAUUUUUGACCCAAAUUUAAAUUUAAUGUGAAUUUAGUUGACAUUCACUGCCAUUAAGUCUUCGAUAGAUUUGUUUCGCUUUUUAUUCAAUAUUAAUAUAAAUCUAAUUUAACGUUAUCUUAAGCUAACCCCCGAUGGCGCGGACCAAACAGAGACAGACCGCUCGUAAGAGCACAGGAGGUUCAGCCUCGUGGGCUCAGGGAAAGUUGACGAAUCUUAUGAAGAAGUUGGAGACUAAGACGGGAAAGGGCUCCGGAAAGGGACGCAAAAGUACGGGAGGGAAGAGUCAGUUCGUCAAGAAGAAGACAUUCCGAUACAGACCCGGAACCAUAGCUCUUCGUGAAAUCCGUCGAUACCAACGGACGACCGAAAUGUUGAUUCCGCGGCUUCCGUUUCAACGAUUGGUUCGUGAGAUCGCGUCUGACUUUCGGGACGCACUUCUCUUUCAGUCGGCGGCGUUGGGUGCCCUCCAAGAGGCGGCCGAAUCCUAUCUCGUCGGGCUCUUUGAGGACACGAAUCUGUGCGCCAUUCACGCCAAGAGAGUGACAAUUAUGCCCAGAGAUGUGCAAUUGGCCCGAAGAAUCAGAGGUGAACGCACUUAAAGACAUCCAUUUCACAUUAUAAUAAUCACACCUUUUAUAGUAAAGUACACUAUAAGUAGUCUCUCUCUCUCUCUCU